AUGCACAAGUCGCUGCUGCUCCUCUCGCUACUCUCGGGCUGCGCUGCGCUCAUCGUCUCUCCGGCGCGCGUGUCGGCGGCCGCCGCCUCGCGCUGCGCUGCGCCCACCGCCCUCGCACCUGUCGACGCAUCGGCGGUGCAUUCGGUCGCCUCUCUCGUGGCCGAGAUUGUGCAGGCAGACGGCGAGCGCGCGUACGGCGCGGUGGACGCGCCGCUGUGGGUGCUCCCGGUCGGCGCGAUUGCUGUCGUUGCAACCGCACUCGUCCCGAUCCUGCUCUCGCCCGGCGAGGAGGCCUUCAACCAGCAGCAGGGCUACGAGCAGGGCCGCUUCGGCACCAAGGACGGAAUCAAUCGCCCACGCAAGUAGAGCGCUGACAUUCCCGUGCCUUGCCUCUGUGGCGCAUCCGGUCUGCGGGUCUGCUGCGCACGCUUGUGAUCGCGAGCCACCCUCGUGAAUCGCCUCUCACUUGGCCUGGUGCAUGUCGAGAGAGGGUCGUCCGCACAUUCGUCAUUCCGCUGGCUUGCUGGCAUAGCAGCGUGUGCAGAUGUGUGCAGGGGCGUGUGCGCGCUGCGCAAUCUAUUCUUGCGCGUUCUUCUCCAUAAAUCGAGAACCAGACAA